AUGCCAAUCCCUACGCGGAGACUCUCCCUCCGUGAACCUCGCAUCGGCCAGCAACGGAAGCCUCCUCCUGAUCUGGAUCGCGAAGCUACGAUCCCCGAAAUUGAGAGCCCCCGACCAACAAAACCCCGUUCAAACACUGUAUCGUCCACUGCCACAACAUCUUCGUCGGCAUUGACAUCCGCACCAACCCGGAGCUCAAAUCUGUCUUCCCAUAACCAGCCAACCUCGGGUCUUCCUCAGCCAGCCACGACCACAACAGCACAGACAAACUCUAGAGGUAAUGGUGGCAAUGGUGGUGACGGUACCCGUGCAGCUCGUCGUCGCAGUCUCUUGCCACAGCGUAGCAGUUGGCAAAAGGGCGGUGCAGGGGGCGUUCUUUCGGGCAGAUCGCAGCUGCAGCUGCAGGAUAGUCAAUUACAACGGCUACGAGAUGCCCAUACUCAAGAAGCUCAGGCCCCAGCGCCCAAGUCACCUGUAUUAGCGCGACAUGUUGAAACCUCCGCUCCAGCACCAGACCAUGGUCAGCCACCUCCUCCGUUGUCGCCGUCAAAGCUAUCCAGACCGGCGACCAGUCCUACACGCGCCCAAGCUGCAGGUAUGAGCCGGUUGGAACGACCGGGAUCAGCGAAUGCACCCAAAUUGGAUGCAUCGAAACCUCUGGAUGGACCUCCCCCCGGCUCCGAAAGACCAGAGUCGUCCAGCACGACCAGCUCGCAACUGUCGAGACCGCAAAGCGGACAUAUUCUGACAAAAGCUCAAAGGCCUCGCUCUUCAAGCACAAUCACACAGGGAUCGAGACAUCAAAGUAAACCUACACAGCGCAUUGAGAGACCUGAGAGACCUGGAUCAGGGCACAGGCCUAAACCGGACGCCCCGAGGCCUCAACCAGCAAAUGCAACACGAUUGGAGAGGUCCGCAUCAUUAAGGCAACCCAUUACGUCGAGAGUGACCACCACUGCGAAUCAUUCGCGACACCAAAGUCAUCUUGUAGGCUUGACGAAGGGUUAUGCUUAUGCAGGUGUGAAACAGGGCGAGGGCAGCACAAGCCCCACUCCAUUCAAAGUGAACAAGCCGCAAUUCUCUACUUUCCAGCAACAUUUCAGUCCUAAAAAGGGGCCGAAAACGAAGCCGCCUAUCCCUCCUGCCUUGACAUCCCCUACAACCGCAACCGCAACUGCAACUGCGACCGGAACUGGAAAUGAGCCAUCGACACCGAUCCAUCCACACAUAGCAGCCUUACAAGUGGAACUCCUUCAGCUCCAUCUCCUCCACGCCGACUCUAUACUCGCUAGACGAGAAUGGGAAUCCAGUGCUGAGCAACAACUCCACAAACAGCACAAAUCAGUGGUGUCCAAGUACCGCACGCUGCUUGCUCAGGAGCAAGCAGCACAGCGUCAUAUCAACAACCUCGCCCUUAACAAACUCGCGGCAGAUAACAAGACACAUACGAGCAGAAGCACCAGGAAUAAUAAUUAUAAUUAUAAUUAUAAUUAUAGCAGCAGCAGCAGUCCCUACGACUUCUCGCAGCAAAUCCAGGUAUUGUCGCGCGUGAUACAGGAUGUUGCAACUCUUACGGAUAUGCACGGGGGCAGAUAUAUCUCCUGCGUCCGCACCUUUGAGAAAUGGUUCGAACACGUGGCGAGGGUGAGACAGGGCAGGACCGGAAGCCAGAAUCCGGCCCGGUCCCAAGAACCAGCUCUUAACAAAUACGGCGACGAUGAUGACGCAGACCAGGGCAGCAAUAACAAUAAUGAUAAUGAUAAUUCCAAAAGCAGCUGCGAGUACGAAUUCAUAGACUCCCUUGGCUUCAAGUGGAAGGAAGAAGUCGCUGCGCUGGGCGUGAAGUUGGAACUCUGCGCUAGAGAGCUGGAUUGUCUUGACGUUGAUGUUGAUGUUGUUAACGGACGUAUGGCGGACGGACAACAAGCCAAAGGUGUCGAUUCGGAUGUGAGUAUGCAUAGCGAAGGUGGUGAUGGAUGUCCGCCAUCGUCAGCGCUGGUUCGCGCUGUACGGGGGCAUAAGAUGCUAUUGGCGUCGAUGAUUGACGAGUUGGAGGUUAUGAGUGCGGUUGAGGCGGAUGUUGGGAAGUUGGAGAGGCUGUGGGUUCGGGGUGCGGUUGAUCGGUUGGAUUCUGGUGGUGGUGUUGCUACUACUACUAUUGCUAGUGGUGGAAAGGAAGCGAGACGGCCGGUUUGGGUUGUUGGGUGA